AUUUCCUGGGCGGAAGCUGCGGAGGGGGUUUCCAGUGUGAUCGGACCAGUCCUCCCGCUGGAUCUGAACCGGAUCACACACACGCACAGAACUGAAAUCGAACCUCGAACCUAAAACAUGUGGAGCUCACGCGAGGCCCGGAGGCUCCGCGACAGCGGCAGCGGCGGGUCGACGGUUUGAAUCCUGGAGAGAGUCCACCGAGCCGAGGAGCUGCUGAGCGGAGAUUCAUGUCAUGUCAGCAGGGAGGAGUGCUGACGGGAGGGAGGUGCAGAUUCCCCUCCAGCAGGUGGCGCCCUCUGUGGCUGCCUCCCUCGCUGUGGUCUCUCCCAUCACCCCACCCUCUCACCGCCCAGCCAAUCCCUGGCCCCCCAGCGACCCUGCUGCUUCUCACGGUGUCGCUGCAGGGUUCCUGCCUCUUCAUGAAGGAUUCAGAGAUCACUUUGUAGAAACUCCAGAAGCCAAAUACCGCUGCGAGGUGUGCAGGCUGGUCCUAUGUCAGCCUCGCCAGACCGAGUGUGGACACCGCUUCUGUCAGAGCUGCAUCAACCACAUCCUCAGUCAGUCAAACCCGGUGUGUCCAGCUGACAUGGAGCAGCUGUUUAAAGACAAGAUCUUCAGAGACGUCUGCUGCCAGCGGGAAAUCAUGGCUCUGAAGGUUUACUGUCGCAGUGAAGCCAACGGCUGUCAGGAGCAGAUGAGCCUGCACCAGAUACCUGACCACCUAAAUGUGUGUCCAUUCUUUGAGGUUCCCUGUCCAUUGGGUAAAUGCAAAGAGCGAAUGAUGAGGAAAGAGAUUCCCGACCACCUGAGCUGGAAGUGUAAACACAGAGAGACCACCUGCGAGUUCUGCAUCACCAAGAUGCCUCUGACCGACCUGCAGAGACACAAAGAGACAGUGUGUCCAGCCUUCCCAGUGUCCUGUCCAAACCACUGCUCCUCUUCCUCCCUGCCCCGGAGUGAGCUGUCCACUCACCAACACGACUGUCCUAAAGCUCAAGUGAUUUGCCAGUUCCACCGUUACGGCUGCACCUUCAAGGGUUUGAACCAGGAAAUGAGGCAACAUGAGUCGACCUGUGCAGCUGAGCACCUGAGGAUGAUGGCCAAUAGGAACUCCUCGUUGGAGAACAAGGUGGAGGAGGUCAAAGGUGAGCUGUUGGAGCGCUAUAAAGUUCUUCCGGCUCUCAGCAGUCGUCUGUCAGACCUGGAGAACCAGAACGACGAGCUGAGAGACAAGAACCGACAGAUGGAGCAGAAGUUCUCCACCAUGCAGAAACUCAUGAGUUCUCACUCAGAGAAGCUGCUAGAGGUGGAGCUGGAGCUUCGUUCUCUGCGUCUCCUCAGAGACGAGGUGGAGAACCUGAGAGGAACUCUGGAGAGCGUUCGGGUGAGGCUGACUGCUCUGGAACAAGGACGCAGCGGAACCGGACCCUCUACGCACACUCUGGCCCCCCUGGAGACUCAGCUUAAUCGACACGACGACAUGCUUAGUGUCCACGAGAUCCGAUUGGCUGACAUGGACCUGCGUUUCCAGGUGUUGGAGACGGCGAGCUACAACGGGACUCUCAUCUGGAAGAUUCGCGACUACAAGAGACGGAAACAGGAAGCUGUGGCGGCAAAGACACUGUCGCUGUAUUCACAGCCAUUUUAUACAGGAUACUUUGGAUAUAAGAUGUGUGCCCGAGUCUACCUGAAUGGAGACGGCAUGGGCAAAGGGACACACCUGUCCCUGUUCUUUGUGGUAAUGAGGGGCGAGUACGACGCCCUGCUGCCCUGGCCCUUCAAACAGAAAGUGACUCUGAUGCUGAUGGACCAGGGCCCGUCCAGGAAGCACCUGGGCGACGCCUUCAAACCGGAUCCAAACAGCAGCAGCUUCCGCCGCCCGGCUGCAGAGAUGAACAUCGCCUCCGGGUGUCCUCUGUUUGUGUCUCAGAGUGUCCUGGAGACAGGCAGCUACAUUAAAGAUGACACCAUCUUCAUCAAGGUUACCGUGGAUACCUCUGACCUACCUGACCCUUGAUGUUUUGACCCUUCUGACCCCGUUGGUCUGAGAGGAACUCACCAGAUCAUGUCCAAAGAACAAAGGAUGAUGGGAAGGAUCAGUGACACAGAACACAGGAAGCAGCCAAUUAGAGUCAACUAUACACAGACCACAGCGAUUGGCUGAUCCGGUGUUGAAUGGAUCCGUGUUGCCAUGACGUCGCAGCGGUGACAUCACUCAGAGCCAACAUGGCCGCUGCAGCCAGGACAUUGUUGCAGCUCAUUAUUGAUGCUAUGCAUCAAGCUUUACUUUCUGUUUAUUACCUGUUUAACAAGGCAUGCUGGGAAAUUCCCCACUGUCACAGAGGAGCACUGAAUCCCAGAUCAGACCAGUAGAGACCAGUGAAAUCUAAUUGAUUCUUUAAAACCAGUAAAGUCCAUUUGAUCAGAGGAGGUUGAUGUGGAUUGUUGACGUCUUGUGAAGUGGGUGUUGAUGAAUCUUCAGUUUUCCUCCUGUUGUCAGUAGAAACAAUCAAAAGAAUAGAACCAGUAGAAACCGGUCAGGUGCUUUCAGUCAUGACUUCACCUGCAGAUGGAAACAGUUUGACCCUUGACCUCUGAUCUAAAACUGUUCUAUUCAGAUGUGAGUCCACUAGAAACCAGUAGGGGGCGCUCAGCUGCUGCAGCUCCUCUGUGGUCUCUGUGGGUUUCUCAGCUUGGACAGAAUUCAUUGACUCAUUUGCACAGUUUGAAUGUUUGUUAACGUGUGACAAUAAAAACGUGAAAACGAAAAUGCCUCUGA